UGAUCAUCAGGAGGGAUGGGCUGCCAUUGGCUGCUGAGAGCAGCAGCUAUCCCUGUACAUCUCUCACUGCUCUGGGAAAUUGUAUGUUUAGAAAGCAGCAUGUCAAGUAAACUACUCUGAUCCAUAGAGCUACCAGGGAGCUGGGAGUCUCGCAGGCAGUACUAACACAUGUAUUAUAAUUAAACAGAGGGACUCAGGAGGAUCAGGGGACGUUAUCUUGGUGCAUUAAUUGGACCUUCGUUGAUUUAUAACACAUCCUACAUGCAACCUGUAAAUAGUAUUCCUGACAAGAUAUGAGCUGGAACUAAGCUGGGUGUGAUAAUAUGCUGGAACACUGACAUGCUGUAAAACUGGUGCUGAGUUUCCUCAAAGACUUGGAAAUGGACUCCCAUCACUAAUCAUUCUAAUGAAGAGUAUGGACCAGUACAUCCGCAGGCUGAGGCAGGAGCUGCUGUCAAUGAGAGAAGUUGGAGACGAUUUGCAGGAGCAGAUGAACUGCAUGAUGGGAGCACUCCAGGAACUGAAACUUCUCCAGGUUCAGACGGCUCUUGAGCAGCUGGAAAUUUCAGGAGAUAGAAACCAACUACAAAAUCUCAGAGCAAAUCCGCAUUGCCAUAGUGCACGACUAGCUUCUGAGGUCAGGCAUGAGUCCAGAAAACAGACUGAGAAGCAAUGGGCAGGUGGAGAAAGUCUAGACAGCAGCUCGUUGGCUGGCAGUCGAAGGUCAUGGGCUGCAAGCUCACUUAGCCCUGUCUCUAUGCCAGGCCCAACACAAGGUCAUCAGGUAUUGUCUGAAAGAGAAAGAGAGACAGAAACUAGACAUAUGUCCUCUUCUGCCAACUUACCUCCAGUGGAGAAUUGGCCCAUGCAUGAACCUCAGUUCACAACUUCCAACUUUCAGAGCCAUUAUCACGUUACCAAUGCCAAUUCUGACCAUGACCAAUGUACUGAAGAGUUUGUAUGUGACGAAGCAAAUGAUUGGACUUCUUCACUUAUGUCCCAGAGUCGAAACAGACAGCCUCUUAUCUUAGGUGACAACAUAUUUGCUGACCUUGUUGGAAACUGGUUAGAUUUACCUGAGAUGGAAAAGAAAGGAGAACAAUCUGAAAACAUAUUAAAUGUUAGCAGAUCCCAAGAAAUCUACAAAAAGAUAUCCCUGACAGCCAACUUUUUCAAAAAGUUCAUAAGAAGUGUACGACCUGACAGAGAUAAGAUUCUCAAGGAGAAGCCUGGUUGGCUACAUUUUGAAGAUCAAAAAUCUCAAAUAUCCAAGAGGACCAAGAAGACAAAUAAACAAAAAAGUGUAUUCUAUUUUCCAACACAGGUUGAAACUAAAGGCAAAGUUGAAAAGCCAGGCAAAAGUCAUGGGAAAAGUAUUGAGAUGCCUACAAUAUAUGCCAAGAAAGAUCAGAAACAAGGAGAGUCUAUGUACAUAGGGUUUGACAUGAACACGGCUGUCUGGGUCUAAGCAGGGAAAUUCAGUAUGCAUCUGUGUCUCAUGUUUGUGGAAUGACUGUGUAUUGAUAAUGGGCAUUACAAUACUUUUGUGGGUUUUUAAAUUGUAGUCAGCUGAGCUGAACUCUGCUAAAGCAUUUUUGUCUUUACAACUUGUUUUGUCAUUACUGUGGUACAAGGCAUGUUUCUUGUACAUUUAUAUAUUACAGUAAACUCUAGGAUAGGUAGAGAACCAAGCUGGCUCUUGGCACUAGAACAUGACAAUCUUCUUUCUACUGAGUAUAAAUGCAGACUUUUAUUUGCCACAAACUGUUUCCGACAAUCUGCCUAGGAUGGGCUUGCACGUUCCUGUGUGGACUACAAAAAGUUCAGGAUUUUAACCAAUUAUGCACCUCAACAGCUCGCUUUGUGCAAUUAUAGAACAAUGUAAAUUGCCUGUUAUUUAGACUAAUCUGAAACGUCACACAUAUCAAAAUGAGCCAUCAACUUGAAGCUGGUGUACAACUUUGCCACUACAGGAUAUUUACCUCUGCUGGGAUCUAACAUGUAUGACAUGUUUAAAAACAAUCUAUUCAUCUCUUAAAAGGAAGAAGGGAGGUCAUCAUGUUUCACGAAGCUAUAAGCAGAAUAAUACCUCCUGUCUCCAGGACUGGUCUUUCCAGCCAUUACAUCAAGCCCUUAUUAUUAUUUAUGACGUUUGUAUCUCCAGAGAUAACUUGAGUGAAAAGUGGAAUAAAAAGCCCAGCAGAGAACAACGAACUGUAAUGAAAUAAGUUAAUGGAUCUAACUAUAGUAUCACUUGGUUUUUAAAAAAGUUUUUGUUCUUUAUUAUGGACAAUAAGAAGUAAUUAUUGUAUACAAGGAACAAUACAUGUUAUUUAUGUUCUUUAUUGUUUAUUUACAUACUGUAAUAAUAGAUAAUAGUUGCACUCAGCUGUUAAUAACAAAAGCACUUGAGAAACUAUGUGGCACGUUGUUCAAAUGUAUACUAUUUAUGCAUAUUUCAUGUAUACGGUAAGCAUGGAUAUCCGGUUUUGAUAUAUUAUUUGGUGAGAAAGUGUGUACAGUGUGUAGUUUAUGUUGACAUGUGGUAUAGUUUCUAAUGAAUGAGUUACAUGAAAACAGUUUUAAGUAAUGCAUACUGCUAGUCUUCACUACAUUGCAGGUAUGUAAUGUAUAUUUCAGAUCUUAAUCCUUGUCAGAUUCAAUUUCCACAUAACAGGGCUGUCAUAUUUUACUUUUUCCUUUGACAGUAUAAGGGAAAGCCUGGUACUGCAAACCUGGUACCCGAAAGGUCAGUCCAUAUGUAUGAGCAAUCUAAGGAUUUUUUUUAUUUGCUAAAACUAUGAUUUCUUUACAGUUCAAGCAAAAUAAAUAAAUAGUUAUCUAAGUCAUCUAAAUUCAGAGAGAUUAUGGGCCUGAUUUUGACUCGUUUGCAAGUCUGAAUAUGGACACAACAACCGACUUUUAGCCUACUGUGCAUAUGUCACAGGCUGCGUUUACAUAAAUCCGUAUGACUCAGAAAACGUGCGUUUGGAUGUGUUAGCGUGCUCUUCCCUGCAGGACCCUGGAAUUGUGUUUGCAUUACACCAACCUAAGGCAUAAUAUUUAGGGGGCAUGACCACAUGUCAUGCUCCCUUCACUCGUCAUGCUGAGGCCAUGUCCAGCACUCCAGUAGCUGCCAGGCUGUCUCCAGCCUCUCCUUGCACUGAAUGGAAGCUGGAGGUGGAGCAGCAGUGACUGUGUCCCCCAACCUCCCGCAGGACACUGACAGCGGGUGGGACAGUGGGACAGUGCCCAAAAUGCAGUACUGUCCCAAUGAAUUCGAGAAGGUUGGGAUCUAUGAUAACAUCAGAAUCAGGCCCUAUAUCCCUAGUAUAUCCAGUAGGGUGGCCAAUCCUGGGCCAUUUUUUCAAUCCCGGGAAUCGGGAUUGAAAAAUUAUCAAUCCCAAGAUUCUCGGGAUACCCAGGAUUGGCUUCUUUUCAAUGUGUCCCACCCCCCCCCCCCCCUUGACCUGACCAGCCCAGAUAACUCACCCUAAUCUGGAUGGAAGGAAGGGAGGGUGGGCUACUUGCUGUGAGGGCUGGGUGGGCAGUGUAGCGGUGAGGUCUGACUGCUGGGCGGGCAGCUGCGCAGCGUGACCACUGACUUCACGUGACGCUGCAAAGUGUGUCUAGCCGGGGCGAGGGGGAGCUGAGCAGAGGGAGCCAGGCAUCAUCUGAACCUCCUGAGGAUGUUCAAUACUGCCCAACAUAGACAAUUCUAAGGUGGUGGCCAAUCCCGAAAUCCCCGGGAUUGAAAGCUCCAAUGCCAGGAUUGACUCCUGGAUAAUUUUAGGCCGGACUCCCGGGAUCCCGACCCCGGAAUUGGCCUCCCUAAUAUCCAGUAAUGAGGAUACAAGUGUAUAAUAUUGUUACAUUUAUGUAACACACAUUUUAUACUAUGAGUACACCACAGUAUACACAGAAAUAUCUCAGGUUAUGAAGUUCACUCAUGAACAGUUCAUUAUAUGGGGCCCUGUGUCUCUUAGAUCCCCUGGGGUUCUGUUAGUAAUGGGAAGCAUUCGAUAUCCCAACUAUCGGGAUCCUUCAGCAUGCCGGCGCCGGGAUCCCGACUGCUGGGAUCCCGACAACUAUUCUCCCUUUUGGGGUGUCCACGACAGCCCUGGAAGGAGAAUAAAUAGCCUGGUGCAGGAAGCGCGCCACCGUGCCCGUAGCGUGGUGAGCGCAGCGAGUUUGCAAGGGGCUCUUUUGCACUCGCCCCACUGCCGGCAUUUCGGUGGUUGGGAUCCUGGCGCCGCUAUGCUGGUAGCCGGGAUCCCAACAGCCGGGAUAUCAUAGUACACCCGUUAUUAAUUGAAUGAUGGUAUGUGGCUUAUAGAGAAAUAUACUGUAAACACUUUUCCCAUGAUCUCCUUGUGUCAGACCUGGUUCCACAUUAGGCUUGGGGCCAAGUGCUAUAGUCCUGGAAACUAAUUAUUAUUACCAGUCUGAGAUUGAACACAAAGUAACACUGUCAUAUGUCAACUUACUUGCUGCAUGUUGCAGAUUGCCUGUAAACUAUAACAGAUAAUGGAUCUCUGUAUUACAGCUUUUAUCUAAAUUGUGCCAACUCUGUAUUUAGUUAACUUUUUGCAGACUUUCCCUAAUUCAUUUCCUAAGCCUCCAACAGUGCAUUAAGGAUAUAUUUCUAUGGAACUCACUUCUAUGUAAUGAAUAACAACAUGGAGAGAAGGUUAUUUAAAAAAAUAGCUUUUGCUGUCAAAUACCUUUUCCAUUUUUAUAAUCCAUUUAUUAUUUGCUUAUAUCAAUUAUUUGCUUAUAUCACUUAGAGCGUUACCUUUAGAUGAGCGUUUGAAAUAUAGUUUGUGAGCUGUACUGAUGAGUGCGUGUGCGUAGUGUACAGUAAUAGCUGAGCUAAGUGCAGGUGUGAGUGUGUGUCUUGCUUGUAUUGCUAGUGAUGUGUUAGAGCUUGAGGUGAGACCUGGCGUUAUACAUGUCUAGAGUGCAGCUGUAUGUUAACCAUUCAUUCUGUAGAAAUGUACAGCAUACAAUAGCUUUUGAGCCAGAGACUAUUUAGACUAACAACUCUUCAUUAAGGGAAAGACAAACCUGGAAAAAAAGUAAUUAGUAUAAAAAAAUAUAUCUUUUGUGUUUGGAAGCCCAUAGUUGGACACACUUAGAACAAUACUGCCGAAAUGGCUAUUUUUGCACACACAUUAGUGGCCAAAUCAGACUAUUUGCCUUUCAGGCUAAAUGGCCAGAGUAGAUGAAUGGGAGGGGGGUGCUGGACUGUGUCCCUAUAUAGCAUUGAUAAAGUGUAUUGUAUGGAUCUUCGUGCUGAAUAAAAUAAGCAUAAACCUGUCUCAGGAAGAAUUUGUUUCUGUGUGUUAAUAUGAAGAAUGCAUUGCUCCUUGUUCCUCCAUGUUAUGAUCAUAAAUUAGCCAUUGGGGAUGCUGUUCUGCUGGAAUCUAUGGGGUAAAUUUACUCAGAUGGGAGUUCUAUUUAAGAUGGGAUGUUGCCUAUAGCAACCAAUCAGAUUCCAGGUAUUAUCUUCGAGAAGGUGCUACAUAAAUGAGAAGUAGAAUCUGAUUGGUUGCUAUUGGCAAACAUCCCAUCUUAAAUAGAAGUCCCAUUUUAGUAAAUGUACCCCAGUGUGAUUCAAUUAACAGAAUAGAUGCUGCAAUAUUGUGUCCACAACUCAUUAAUUAAUGCAAAUAUACAGAUGAGGGGCUAAAUGUAAUAGCCUGCGAGAAGCAGGAAGUGCACUUUUUUGUGCAAGUCUGGGCAGAUUUUUAAAGUGGCAAUCGAUUACACGGCAUAACCAACCUGGUUAUGCUGUGUAAAUGAUUGCCACUUUAAAAAACUGUCCAGCCUCGCACAAAAUCCUGCACUUCCUGCUUCUCGCAGGAUAUUACAUUUAGCCCAUGGUGUCUACUUUAAGUUAUUCUAUUAAGAUGUAUUAAAUGCUUAUAUAAAAAUGUAGUGGAGAUAAACCCAUUGUGCCAAAUGUAAUGACGUCUGAUUUGGCAAGAGGUGCGGGUUCCUGGCUGAACGCAGAUUUUUUGUUUAAAGCGGCUAUCAUUUACAAGACAUGGUUUUGCCUUGUAAAUGAUUGCCACUUUAAGAAAACGUCCGAGUUCGCCAGGAACCCGCACCUCCAGCAAGCUUGGACAUCAUUACAUCCGGCACAUCAUUGGAGAAUUUACCUUUUAAAGAUAACAAGGACUAUUGUAAACUUCAACCAGAAAAAUUGUAUACUACCAAUGUGUUAGGCAUAGUUGUCAACUUUUUGGCUGCCCCUCCUUUAGAGAGAGAAAAAGUGGAGAAGUUGCCCAAAGCUUCUGUCAUUUAUCAAGCACAGUCUUCAAAAUGACAGCUAUAAGUUUGUUAUAAGUUUAUCUCUCUCAAAGGUUUGCUAUAUCUCCAUUCCCCCAGUUUGGUAGGCCGCAGCCUGACAGUAAUGUAGAAAAUGCGCAGCCCUGGUUAGCCAAUUACAGACUUCUCUCUGCCCUUGGCUCCUUCAAAUUUCCUGCAGCUAUCAAUCUAUAAUGAUCUUUUCAACUUCCUCCUUGAAAUCACCUAUUUCCUGUUAUUAACUUUCAGCUAAACCACAAAGCACUCCAAGAGUUAGCCAGUGAUGAAUAUACCAGUUUAAAUAACAACACUGUACAUACUAUAAGUACUUGGAUAAAUUAUGUAUUUAUUUAUAUCUUUGAAUCAAUAUGAUUGUCUAAAAUCUCAGUCUUUGUCACCUGGUCACUACCAUGUGUUGUUUAUUUGAAAUCUAUGAAAAUACUUUGAAAAUGAUAAAUUGCAGUUAAAAUAAAAAUCACCAGUACCAUAA